AUGGGGAGCUCGGGAUCCGACGACGGCGAGAUCCUGGUCGCCGGCGAGGCGGCGGUUGCCGGCGCGGGGUGGCGACGAGAAGCUACUGUGGGGCUCCGGCCGACGAGGAGGAUGGCAUGGGUAGCGGGGAGGCCGAGGCGCAGCCGACGUGACCUCCAGCGAGGUGCGGCGGCGGUGGGAGCCGAGCUCGGGCGCGGCUGGGCGGCGUGCGGGCUUGCGAGGCCCAGAUGCGGCCCGGGGCGGGCCCGAUCUGGGCCGGGAGGGCCGCGGCGGCGGGAGUGGAGGCAGGGGGACGCGUGGCACGCGCGGGUUGGAGGAGGGGGCGGCGGCGCCAGUCGCUGGGGACUUGCCAAGUGGCGGGAGACGGCUGGGGGCGCCGGAUUCCGAGGAGAAGGCGGCGGCGCGGGAUCCGAGGAAGAGGUGGGAGGUGGCUGGCGGUGCGGAAUUUGA